ACACACAAGCAAUCACAUCUACGAAAGAUGGCACCUGGUGCCAACAAUGUGUCCAGCGCAAUCGGCUACCUCAAACGCAAUGUCCUGACAUUCAUCAUUAUAACAUCGGUGUUCUUUCACCUCUACGUCAUACACAAGUAUGUUGGCAGCAAGCUAGAGACAUUGACCAUCACUGCCAAUCAGCAGUUCAGGGGCAUGGACGAAAACACGCACACGCCCUUUGACUUCAUGGUCUACUCAAAGUUGGCCAGCUACCAUCCCUACCACGUGGUCAACGUGGCGCGCGAGCCCAUCUUUGACGACCUCAACGACUUCCCAGAAGUGUGCGCCGCCGCCGGUCUGGUCAAGCGCCAGCCCGGCUGGCUGCAGCGAUGUGAGGGUCGCGACUACUACGAACCGGUCGUCACGCCCACACCCGUGAUGGAUCCCGACAAGAUGAACUACUCCAUCAAGCCCGACAGUCCCGCACGAGCACGCUAUGCCUAUGCACCCGAUGAGUCCAUGCGGGACGAGCCACCAAUCAUCACAAUCUUAACGCCAUUCUACAACAUUGGACCAAUCAUCCAUGAGACUGCCGCGAGUGUGUUGCGCCAGUCCCUCCAGAACUUCCAAUGGAUCAUCGUCAACGAUGGCUCACCCAACCGUACACUGUUCAUCGAGUCCCUGGAUCCAUAUCGCGCGCUCAAUGACUCGAGAAUCCUGAUCGUCGACCUUGACAAGAACGUUGGUCUGCCAGGAGCACGUAACGAAGGUCUAAAGUUUGCCAAGGGCAAGUAUCUAGUGUUGUUGGACCCUGAUGAUCUCAUUGAGUACACCUACCUCGAGAAGGCAGUCUGGUUCCUCGAGACCAAUCCUCAGUACUCUCUCGUCAAUGCCUGGUCUCUUGGCUUUGGUCACAAGGAAUACUACUGGCAGAAGGGUUUCCAGAAUGGAGACAUCAACAUGAAAGAGAACUACAUCACAGUAGCAUGUGUGAUGAGGACUGAUGCACUUCGCCAAGUUGGUGGGUUCGACGCCAGUUUGAGGACUGGUAUGGAGGAUUGGGACUUAUGGAUGAGGAUGGCUAAUAAUGGACAUUGGGGACACACUUUGGAAGAGUUCCACUUCUGGUAUAGAGUCAGUCCUCCAGGUAAAUGGGCUUCAAUCUACAAUGAAACUAAGUUCAAUGAGUUCAUGGCCAAUCAGAAGCGCAAGUACCCAGUAGCAUUCACUACUGGUGUCCCCAAGUUGAAGCGUGAACCACAGGAAAAGAUGGAGAGCGUUGCCAACAACAUAACAAUCAAGAACAAUCUGCGCAAAUGUCGCCCUCGUCUGCUGAUCAUCAUACCCUACAUGGAGAUUGGUGGUGCCGACCAGUUCAACUUCAACUUUGCACAAGGACUUGUGAUGGAUGGCUGGGAGGUGUCGAUCGCCGCCAACAAGGACGCGGCCAACACGUGGCUGCCUCAAUUCCUGCGAGUCACACCUGACAUCUUUAUCAUGCCACGAUUCAUUCGAGCCACGGACCAGACGCGAUUCCUCGUCUACCUGAUCAACUCGCGAAAGUUCGACGUGGUGUUCCUGAGCAACAGUGAGGGCGCCUAUAACUACUUGCCUUACCUGCGUGCGCAUGCCCCUGGCCCCGCUUACGUGGACUACACUCACUCUGAGACUCCCAAGUGGAAGAACGGUGGAUACGCCCGAUACAGUGCUGGCGCCGAACCAUUCCUCGACCGCUCGAUCUUUGCAAGUGAACACCUUCGCCAGUAUGUCAUUGACAAGGGUCACAACCCCAACAAGACCGCCACAGUUCUGAUCGGCAUUGACUCAGUUAAGUACGCACCACGCCCCGAGAACAAGGCCGCCAUUCGAAAGGAGCUAGGCUUCCCCGACGACGUCCUAGUAAUUGUGUUUGUAGCGAGGCUGGAGAGCGAGAAGCAGCCCGAGGUAUUUGCAGAGGUCCUGCGUCGUGUGGACGCGCUUGGCUACGACUUCCGCGCCAUAUCCAUUGGUGGUGGCGCUCUCUUCAACGACCUCAAUGAUACCAUCUGGCAACACGGCCUUCAGGACAAGGUGCGCCUGUUGGGCAGUAUCCCCAACACAGAGGUGCAGCGAUACGUGUCAGGAUCGGACGUAUUCUUCUUGCCGUCAAAGGUCGAGGGAAUAUCGCUGGCCAUCUACGAGGCCAUGUCGAUGCAGGUAUGUGCUGUGUCGGCCAAGGUCGGUGGCCAGGCCGAGCUGGUGAGCCCAGACGUCGGCUACCUCGUUAAGCCAUGUACGGCAACCGAGACCGAAGAAUACACCGACAUCCUGGCCGAGCUGGCCGGCAACAGAAGUCUGGCGCUGGAGCUUGGUCGCAGGUCACGCGAGAAGAUCCUCAAUGGUUUCUCCGUGGUCGACACGAUCCGCAAGCUCGAGCACGAGUUCUGUAACGCCGCGUUUGUCAGUCGUCUCACCAACAAGAUGUUUGACAACGACCUUUUCCGCCGACUCUCCAACGAGAUCGCCGUGCUGGGCUUCGAGUACCACCGCGCCCACGACGAGCUCCUUCCUCUAUGGAACGAGCACGUUGCGCUCGUCAAGCGUUGCCAGCCACCUGCCGCACCCAAGGAUGACAAGCGACCAAAGCGAACCAAGUCCCCGUACCCCAUACGCACUCCAGAGGAGGUGUUGGAGGCGCUGGACAUCGCCAAACUGCGCCCAGUGGACGACAUGAUGAAGGAGAAGCUCGUGGACAAGAAGCUGAAGAUCGACCUCAAGGACUUCCAGGAGACGCACAUCCGCCGCAACCCGCGCGUCGCGCUCGAAGGCUUCAAGUUCAACGAGUUCCCUGCACCAGUACAACCACGACGUCGACGACUGGGAUGA